GACGAAACUAUAAAAAGUGAGACCAGCAUAAGGCUGACGAAUAAGAUUUUUGGAUACAAUUGUUAUGAUCAUUUUUUGUGCAACACCAGACUUUCCGGUGAUUAUAUGGCUGAAGUAUUCCGUCUGUCUUUCAAUGAUAUUUGACUUGACGUGACUUCACAACACACUGGUCUCCACUGACCUCUGCUUGUUCUCACAGACAGCCCCUCACCAUAUAUUAGUGCCUGAAGAUCGGAAGAAUAUCAUGGAUAUCGUCUCAUGGACCUUCGCAAAUCCCCCACGGGACGAGCAUAAACCACUAUACAUCGACCCCAGCAACCCUUCUCGCAUCCUCUCAUUCUCCCAAACUCGCAAACUAGUCCGCCAAGUAAUAGCAGGCUUCAACGCACACAAUAUCGAGGAAAACAGCUGUAUUUGCGUUGUCAGCUUCAACGAUGUAUGUACCUUUCCCCUCCCCCGCCUCUCAUCCGCAACGGAAAUUUCAGACUCAUGAUCUGAAUCAGAUAAACUACACACCCAUCUACCUCUCCAUCCUCGGCUCCAACCUUCGCUUCACAGGCGCAAAUCCAGGCUACACCUCUCGCGAACUCUCGCACCACCUUCGCAUCACUGGUGCGCGGUAUAUUCUCACAUGUCCAAAAUCUCUGUCUGUGUCUCUCGCCGCAGCAGACGACUGUAACAUUCCACCUAGUCACAUUUUCGUGCUUGAUUUUGCUGGCGAGGAGAUCCCUCUCGCGCAGCAGAGUUGGGAGAGCUUGCUGUGUCAUGGCGAGACGGACUGGGUGCGUGGUAAUGAUGAUAGAUUGAGAGAUGCCGCAUACGUGAGUACGAGCGGGACGUCUGGACUACCCAAAGCGGCGGUUAUUGGACAUAGGUAUUUGAUUUCGCAGGGGAAGGUGGUCGAAAAUUUGAUGAGAAAUCGAAGUCGAGAUGGAACUCAAAUCAAAGGCAGGCGUGGCGAGGAAAGCGGUGCGUGUGAUGGUGAAGUUAAAAGUCUCAUUGCGCUCCCACCUUUUCAUGUCUUCACCAUGCCACUUCAACACGCUGUUCCUCUAAGAACUGGAUAUCCCGCGUAUAUAAUGCCGCGAUUUGAGGAAAGUUCAUUCGUGAGCGCAAUCGACACGUUUGGCAUCACUCACACUAUUGUUGUGCCGCCGAUCAUGAUGGCGCUGUCGAAAUAUGACGGAGGCGAACUUGGAACUUUGGAGACGGUUCUUGUUGGUGGUUCGUGUGCAAGCGAGGGUAUGCAACGGAAGCUGUAUGGCACUUUGAGUGAAGUUGCGAGAAUCGUGCAGGUCUAUGGAAUGACCGAAACAGGUUGGGCAACUACCUGGUCCCGAGCGGAGAGAGACGCGACUGGUAGUGUUGGACAGCCAGUUGACGGGACAAUAUUGAGGGCUGUUGACACAUCCGGCAACAUCAUCCAGAAAGACAAUGUAACAGGCGAGAUCCAAAUCCUCACCCCGUUCGCCAUGACAGGCUAUCUCAACAAUAUCCCAGCAACGGCGGAAGCCCGGACUUCAGAUGGAUGGAUCCGAACCGGCGACGUAGGAUACAUCCAGAACGGUAACUGGUAUGUCAUCGACCGUACCAAAGACCUCAUCAAAGUCCGCGGCUGGCAAGUCAGCCCCGCAGAGAUCGAAGCAGCAUUACUCGAACACCCCGGGAUCCAAGAUGCGGGAGUAAUUGCCUCGCCUGCCAGUGACGGCUGCGGUGAAGUCCCGUUGGCUUUCAUUGUGAAGAACGGCAGCGACGAAGUAAGCGAGCAGGACGUGAAAGAUUUCCUGGGGAUAAGGCUAGCGAGGUACAAGAACGUCGAAGAAGUCGAAUUUGUAGAUUUAAUCCCAAGGAAUCCAACAGGGAAGAUCUUGAGAAGGGUGCUGAGAGAUGGAAGAGUCGAGAGGGAGAGGACAAAAGAGCAGCUUGCUGCGGUGGAGUAUAGGAGUAAGUUGCUAGAGCUGGAUGCAUAUCGGCGGACGAGGAACUCCAUCAGCAUGAGUCGUAGCGGGACAUUGGUGGAGGGAAAGCCGCCAAGUGUUGUGAGUGAAGUGGAAGUGCCGGCUGUGACUGGGAGGAAGCGGAAAUAUUGUCCUGGGUCGAAGUUCAUGUAUUGGAGGAAGUUGAGGAGCACGUCGAAGGCUGGGAUUAGCAUUGGGGUUGACAAUGGACCUGGAAAAUGAAUACCCAUAUGGACCAUGACUGAAUGACUUACGAAAGAAAUAUAACAAUAAAGUUAAAAGUUGGCAGAACA